AUACUAAAGUUGGCAACAAGUAAAACUUUCAUAAAAUGAAAAAUGUAAACAGUCGAAAUUUCUCUAACUUUUAAAGUGAAAACGUUUAAAUCACGGUUCCGACAGUUAGUCUGUUGCAAGCACGAGUAAAAGUUCGGGGUGACAGUAAUUUUUCUUCUCCAGAAAUUCGGAUAUUGCUUGACGUAUCUGAAAGAAGCAAUGUCUAGGAUCUUUUAUGUACAUUAUCCAGUUUUCGGCUUUUUGACAGUUUGAUGACUGUUGGUUUUUGAUGACAUUCUUUCUUUACUUAGUAGGUGGUAAUGGACUAUGAUUUCAAAGUUAAGACUUCCAAUGAGCGUGCCAAAGUAGAAGAUAUAUUUGAUUACGAAGGAUGCAAAGUUGGUCGAGGAACUUAUGGUCAUGUUUACAAAGCACGGAGAAAAGAUGGUUCCGAUCCUAAAGAUUAUGCCUUGAAACAAAUAGAAGGAACUGGAAUUUCUAUGUCAGCUUGUCGAGAAAUUGCUCUUCUUAGAGAGCUUAAGCAUCCUAAUGUGAUAAGUUUACAAAGAGUCUUCCUAUCUCAUACAGAUCUCAAGGUGUUCUUACUUUUUGACUACGCUGAACACGAUUUAUGGCAUAUAAUAAAGUUUCACAGAGCUGCUAAGGCAAACAAAAAGCCAGUCAUGGUUCCAAAAGGAAUGGUUAAAUCUCUUCUUUAUCAAAUUUUGGAUGGAAUUCAUUAUUUGCAUUCAAAUUGGAUUCUUCAUAGAGAUCUGAAACCAGCUAACAUACUGGUUAUGGGUGAAGGUCCGGAAAGAGGAAGAGUGAAAAUAGCUGAUAUGGGAUUUGCCAGACUUUUUAACUCUCCUCUCAAGCCUUUAGCAGAUUUGGAUCCAGUUGUUGUGACUUUCUGGUAUAGAGCUCCAGAGCUUCUAUUAGGAGCAAGACAUUAUACUAAAGCUAUAGACAUUUGGGCAAUCGGUUGUAUAUUUGCUGAACUUUUGACGUCUGAGCCGAUCUUUCAUUGUCGCCAAGAAGAUAUCAAGACCAGUAAUCCCUACCAUCAUGAUCAGUUAGACAGGAUAUUUAAUGUCAUGGGAUUUCCCCAAGAGAAAGACUGGGAAGACAUUAAAAAAAUGCCAGAACAUACAACUUUGUUGAAGGAUUUUAAGCGUUCAAACUAUUCGAAUUGUUCGCUUAUCAAAUACAUGGAAAAACACAAAGUCAAACCGGAUAGCAAAGCAUUUCUGUUGCUGCAAAAGUUAUUACUAAUGGAUCCGACCAAGCGCAUUACUUCUGAACAAGCAAUGCAAGAUAGUUAUUUUUCGGAGGAUCCAGUACAUACACAAGACGUUUUCUCUGGCUACCUGAUACCUUACCCAAAGCGGGAGUUUUUAACAGAUGAUGAAACUGAAGACAAAUCUGAUACAAAUAAGACAAAUGCCAACAACAAACAAGGCAAUCAAGAUACUAAUAACCAUGGUCCAAGUGCCAAGAGAGUGCGCAUGGCCCCACCUCCUCCGACGACAACUACUGCUUCUUCUCAGGCAAGAAUCACUUUAUAUUUGAAUCACAUGGCAGGAGGUGAAGUGCAACAAUCUCAAUCCUCAAUGAGUUUCAAUUCAGGCGCUGGAAAUCCUCAACAAAGUGGAGGUGGCUUUCCCCAGCACUUUUAGAGAUUUUACUAUUGACAUUAAAUAUAUAUAUUUCUUAAGACCAUCACUCAUGAUUGUAUUUAUUCAUUUAUCAUUAAUAAAUUUUUAAAAAUUGU